AUGCAGCAGCAACUCUGGGAGAAGGAUGAAACUAUUAGACAGCGGCAGGAGGAGCUGGAGCAAGAGCAAGAACAGGCCAUGAUGCAGCAGCAGCUCCGGGAGAGGGAUGAAACUAUUAGACAGCGGCAGGAGGAGCUGGAGCAGGCCAUGGUCAGGGAAAAUUCUGAAGAGAUAAAACAGACCAAGGCCCAUGUGCAGCUGGAGUUGGAACGACUGGAGGUCAGAAGACUUCAGGAGAGAGGGGAGCAUGAGAACAAGACCGGGCAGAGUGUGGAAAAGGAACAUGAAGCAGCAGAGAUGACCUUCCAAGGAAAGCUGCAGCAGUGGCUUUCCAACGAGGUCAAGCAUUUUGGUGAAGAACAUGUGGCUCCAGGAGAAGUGCAGACGUCGAGUCAGAGCAAAGAGGCCUGGAACACAGAAGAAACUAUUGUCUAA